CGAAAUAUGAUAAAUGUACGUAGGUUAAAUUAAUUAUGGUGAUAUACACGUAGCGGCUCACACAAUCCCAAAGCUUCUAUAAAUACACGAACAUGUUAUUCAUUUUUGUACCUAAUCAAGUUACACUAUAAACUCAAACACAUCUAUCGGCAAGUCUUAACACACGAAGAUUUCCAAAAUGGCUAAGGCCGAAGGUCUUUUUCUUCUUGGUUUAGUAGUUAUUUCAAGUUUAGUUAUGUUAACCGAGAGCCGACUCGCAAGAAAAGACUUGGGGAUUGACCUAGGUGGGAUUGGAAUCGGUUUGGGCGUUGGAUUGGGGAUUGGUCUUGGCGGCGGGUCGGGCUCCGGUGCUGGUGCAGGUUCUGGAUCAGGUUCAGGUUCCAGAUCAUCAUCUAGCUCCAGCUCAUCAUCAAGUUCGAGUUCUAGUGGUUCGGGUGGUUCAGCUGGUUCAUCUGCCGGUUCAUUUGCUGGCUCUAGAGCUGGAUCAGGAUCUGGUAACUAAAUUAUAAUAAUUACUUUUCGACUUAAAGUGUGAAACAAUAAGUAUGUUUUAUGUUUUUGGUUCGUCGUAGUUAAUAUCGUAUGUACGGAAUGGAAUGAAUAAUUUGUUACCGUAAGUUAUGUUUUGUUUGAGCGAGUGUGUGUACCUAGCUUACUCUCUCUAUUCAAGUCUUUCACCAAAAGUAGAAUCUCUUUAGAUUUGGAACAGAACAUGUUUGAUUAAUCGUAAAUUAUUGGUAAUUCGAAUUUGAGAUUAA